CCCUCCUCCGACACCCCCUCCCCGCCGCCCGGGAAGCAAGUAAUCCCCACCGAGGGGGAGGAGGAGGAGACGACAAAAGGGGAUUUCGGCGCUAAAGUGACAGCAAGGGAAAGGAGAAGCCGCAGCAGGGGCAGAGAAAAGCCGGGGCGGGGCAGAGCAGAGCGGCAGGUCCCCCCCCCCCAGGCCCCCAGCCGGCGGCACGGCCCCGGGAAGGGAGAGCCCCCCGCGCACCCACACGCCUUCCAGCGGGUGGCUUGCUCUCUUCUGCCUUUGAUGCCAUGGGUAACAGCUUCUCCAGCCUCCCUGCCCUGCCCAGAGGCAACCAGAGCAGAGUCCACAGGGUCCCCCACCAGCACCUCAAAGACUCUAUAGGUGGACCCUUCCCGGCUUCCUCUCAUCGAUGCCACCACAAGCAGAAGCAUUGUCUUCCCAUCACGCAGUGCGGAGCUUUGUCGAUCAGCCCACUGCUUUUCCAUCCCCAUGCCAAGGGGUCCCAGAUCAUCAUGGACACGGCACAGAAGGCAGUGAAGCGGCAAGCCAGCUUCUGCAACGCCAUUACCUUCAGCAACAGGCCUAUCGUGAUCUACGAGCAGGUCAGGUUAAAGAUAACAAAGAAGCAGUGUUGCUGGAGUGGGGCUCUCCGACUCGGAUUUACUUCCAAGGAUCCCUCCCGGAUUAAUCCUGACACAUUGCCAAAGUAUGCUUGCCCGGACUUGGUUUCCCAGAGUGGAUUCUGGGCCAAGGCCCUUCCAGAAGAGUUUGCAAAUGAAGGAAACAUCAUAGCAUUCUGGGUGGACAAAAAGGGCCGGGUGUUUUAUCGGGUCAAUGACUCUGCUGCGAUGUUGUUCUUCAGUGGGGUGAGGAUCACGGAACCCCUGUGGGCUUUGAUUGACGUGUACGGACUCACCCGUGGGGUGCAGCUAUUAGACAGUGAAAUUAUUCCUCCCGACUGCCUGCGUCCGAGAUCUUUCACUGCAAUUCGCCGGCCCUCACUGCACAGGGAGACAGAGGACACCCGGCUCUCCGUGAGCCUCUGCGACCUCAACCUCCAGGACGAGAACUUCCAUGUGCUGGCCACCAUGUGUCCCAUCCCUCAGAACUCCCUCAAUUCUCAGCAUUCCCAUCUCUUCCCAUCCCAGCUUGAAAGUGACCUCCGCUUCCACCAGCUCAGGGGAGCCCAUAUCAAAAUCCUGGAUGACCAAACUGUGGCCCGGCUGGAACAUGCCCGGGAAGAGAGGACUUUGGUUUUCACCAGCAGACCCCUUCGGAUCAAUGAAACCAUUUUUGUCAAAAUUAACAAAUCAAAUGCCUCCCGUUCCGGCACAUUGUCAUACGGAGUGACCUCUUGUGACCCUAGUACUCUGAGGCCCAGUGAUCUUCCUUAUAACCCAGAGUCAUUAGUUGACAGGAAGGAAUUCUGGGCAGUCUGUAGAAUCUUGGUGCCCCUCCAGAGUGGAGAUAUCUUGGGGUUUAUGGUGAAUUCGGAAGGCGAACUGCAUUUGAGUCAUAAUGGUGCCAGCGCCGGCAUGCAGGUCUGCGUGGACUGUUCCCAGCCCCUCUGGAUGUUCUUUGGUUUACAUGGAGCAGUUAUGCAAAUUCGAGUAUUGGGUUCCACCAUAUUGGCUGAGCGACUGGGCCCAUCUACACCGAGCUCUCCCACUUCAGCCCCUAAUUCCCCCACGGGUCUCUGCAGUGGGGUUUCUGAUCCAAUACUGAGUACAUGUGGUUCCGGUCUGCUCUGCAGCUCCAUCAAUGGCACAGCUCCAAACUCCCCGGUCAGCAUGCCGGAGUCACCCAUCUCCCCAUCUGGCUCAGGGGUCUGGGGGGACGAGUGCACCAUCUGCUACGAGAACAUGGUAGAUACCGUCAUUUACUCCUGUGGACACAUGUGUCUCUGCUACCCGUGCGGGCUGAAACUCAAGAAGAUGGCCAACGCCUGCUGCCCGAUCUGCAGACGGGCCAUCAAGGAUAUCAUCAAAACAUAUCGCAGCACUUAGAAUAGCAGUAUGGAUUGGGGAGGGAACACUGCGGGGGAGGGGGGGGCGGACGUCAGAGGAGCGAGGGGUCUCUGUCUUCACUCAUCAUCUGUGAAAUUCAACAUCUGAACCACCCCAAGGAGGCUAGAGGUGGGGAGGGGAGGGUCCUGCUGGUGAUGGCUCUUCCACUCCCCAUUGCCCCCAAUGGGUUCUGAACUCCAGCACAUCAGGGAAGUCAAGAUGAACCUCUCUUUCUAAUGGGUUUUACAUUUUAAUCUCAAGAAAACAGCUGGAGCUGUUCUUCCUCUUCUGCACCAUACCCAGGGAUGUCCUUCUCCCCAGUGGACAGCGACUGUAGGCAGCUGGUGAGUGGUAGUAACCCAGAGAAGAAAGGAGGCCUUUUGGGGGCAACUGACCCCCCAUCUCACAAAAACCUCUUAAAAGGGCAGGGCUGAAUGGGUCAUUCAGAAGAGCUGGGUGUCCAGCAGGAGUGCUGGCACAAAGGGUGUGAAAGGGCGAAUCUGGCAGGAGAGAAAUUAUAAAUCCAACCCCUUUUGCUGGUGGUGCAAAAGCUCCCAGUAACCUUGCUCUCCUGAGAGCAGUGGCCAGUGACUGGAAAUCAACAUGCUGAGUGCUUCGGGGGGGAGAGUGGGCCUGUGGAUUUUUGGUAAUGGAGAAAUGCAUGGUGGGGGGCGGGGGGAAGCAGCAUGUGGUUCCUGCGAAAGACUCUACUGUGGGGCAUGGCUCUGCGUGUUGCCUUCUAGCAAGAUGACACCCCUGGGCUUACGUUUGCCCUUCAGCAUCCUUUCCUCACCAGUCGGCUCCCUCCUGCCUGGCUCACUAUGGCACUGCAUGACUAUAACCCCACUGCACCAAUGCUUGCUCCUUGCUUCUCCCUGCCCUUCCCAUCAGCGUUUCACAAGCCAAAAGCCUCUUCCCCCCCCCCCCCCACUCAGCACUUGUGAAAAACACUGAGGAAGAAUGUCUACAACCCCCCCUUCCCUCCCCUGCGCUCUUUUUAUGGUAGAGUGUUAAAUGGCUCUCUUUGCUUUUAAGGAAGGAAACUUGGUUGGUGAUCACAAGCUCUUGGCCACACUGAUGUGGUCAAUGCACUUAGUCAUCAACAAGCGAAAAAAAGGAAGAAAGUAGCUUAAAGUGGAUUUUGUUUCAAAGAAGGAGCUUCUGAUCACUCAAGGGCUGGGGAGGAGGGAGAGAAGUGGGCUUUGGCUGCUGCCCCUGUUAGUGGCCAGAUUCUCUGCAUCCCACCCAUUUUAUGUGUCUAUUUGCGAGUCCUUGUGAGCACUCAGUGUCGUACUGAGCAGCCACCAGGCUCUACCGGGGCUCACGCAGUCCACAGUCAUCUCAGCUUAGGUCUGUCAGUCCUCCCUGGCCUGCAGCUGCAAUAUGAGCAAGGCACGCUGCAUCCCUCUGAGGCUGAGCGUGCCAAUCCUUGGUGCCCAUUAAGUUCACGAGGCUCAGCAUGGUAGCAAACUUGAGGCCUAGUGAUUUUGUUUCUAACUGGAGACCCUGUAAAGUGUCCUCAUUUUCAGAACGCGACAAGCCCCAUCUGGAAACCAAGCUCCUCUGAACAGACUCAAAUGUGGCACUUCUGAACAUCUUCGAUGAGGGGCUUGACCUCAGCUAGCUCCCAUUGACUUCAGUGGGAGAUCAAGCAAGGCCCCAGCCUGGUGGGAAGUAGUCGAAGCAGGCCUGCUGCUUUUCAGGAGGCUGUACAGCAGAGAAGGCAAGCAGGAUGUGGCCCAUUUACUCUAUUUGCUAGUGUUAAUGGCCCCAGAACACACAUGUUGCCCCAGUCUAGCAUUGACAGAUCAUGGGCUCAGUCACCUUGGCCCACGGCUGUAGCUCAUGUACCUCUGCACGGCCCCUUGGCUGCAAUGAGAGCGGGGCCACUGCAGGCCCAGGCCUUUUGCUUUGUGCGCUGGCCUCCUGUGGGCUUUUACUGAAGCAAAUUCACCAUCAGUUCUGUUAGACACAGAGAACCUGGUAACCCUGGGAGCAAGAGCAGUUAGGUGGCUGAAAUAGACCCAGCCUACAAAAGGGUGCUCACGUUUGUAAGUAGUUGAAAGUGUUGAAGAUGAAUGAAUAGCCUCUGUCUGCCCUAAGUACCAGGGCCAGCUUCUCCGCUCUUGCUAAACUGACUUAUACGAGCUGAGGUCUGGGCCAAGGCAUGAUCCUUACAGUGAGCCAUGAGAGCUUUCUGUGGGCCCUGUUGCUUUACAAAGCCAGCACGUUCUUCACAGCAGCCAGCAAGCCCGCUCCUGCAUGCCGAACUUGGGCAAAACUCACAUGCUCGCAGGAACCACAGGCUCAGACACCUGUAAGGAGCAAAUGGGGGGACAUGGUGGUGAUGAGCUUGGGGGUGGGGGGGAAGGGUGUUACAUAAAACUAGUUUGGUUUGUGCUUUUCCUUGUAAGACAUCACCAGCUGGCUGGUGGGGAAGGUGGGAUGUGAAUUGAGAAGG